GCUGAGUGCUGAGUGUUGUGCGGUUUCCGAUGUCGGUCGCCUUUUGUUCGUCAAACGAUUAUAAUAAUGUGUGGAGUGUUUUGGAAAUUAUAGUGUCGUGAUGGCGUGCGUGUGUUUGUGGUGUGUUGGUGAUCAGUGUAAAACCAUAAUUUCUUGAUAAUUUGUGUAUUGUGUUGUGUUUUAAUAAUACAUACACCUUUUCAAUAUAACAUGGAGGAUCAAGAGCUUCGUCUCCAUAGUCCAGUAGGGGCAGAAGCUGUCGUUUAUAGAUGGCCAUUGACCUCUGGAAGGGGAUCGGAUAGACAUGAUGGAGCAGUUGAGAUUGUUGAAACCAUUAGAUGGGUUUGUGAGGACUUUCCACAGUUGAAAUUGCCUUUGGAAAACAACAUACUUAACGACUAUGAUACUAAAAGUUACGACAGCAUGAGAAAUUUAUGUGACCGCUUCAACAGGGCGAUCGACAGCAUGGUCCAGCUGUCGAAGGGUACCUCGCUGCCUCAACGGGUCAACAAGAAGCCGUCCCGAGGUCUGUUGAGACAUAUUCUACAACAAGUGUACAACCAGGCUGUGAGGGAACCGGACAGACUCAACCAGUACGAACCCUUCUCACCGGAGGUAUACGGUGAAACGUCUUUCGAACUAGUGUGCCAAAUGAUAGACGAGAUUCAGAUCACCAGUGAAGAUGUGUUCAUUGACCUUGGCUCAGGCGUGGGGCAAGUCGUACUUCAAAUGGCUGCUGCGACUCCGUGCAAAGUCUGCUUCGGAGUCGAGAAGGCUGAGAUUCCGUCCAUGUAUGCAGAUGAUAUGAAUGGCAAUUUCAAGAAGUGGAUGAAGUGGUACGGGAAACACUACGGUGAAUACCAUCUAAUCAAAGGAGACUUUUUGACUGAAGAACACCGUGAGAAAAUAGUUGGCGCUACAAUUGUUUUUGUAAAUAAUUUCGCUUUUGGCCCAACAGUUGAUCAUAUGUUAAAAGAAAGAUUUGCAGAUUUAAAAGACGGGGCCAGAAUAGUCUCUUCUAAAUCGUUUUGCCCUCUAAAUUUCCGUAUUACUGACAGAAAUCUUUCUGAUAUUGGAACGAUAAUGCACGUUUCUGAAAUGGUUCCGCUAAAAGGCUCUGUAUCAUGGACAGGCAAACCUGUGUCUUACUAUCUACAUGUUAUUGAUAGGACAAAGCUGGAGAGAUAUUUCCAGAAGUAUAAAAAUAUUAAGACGAGGAAUGGAGUGACACAUGUCAACGGACUUGCUAUUGAGAACGGAGAUGCUGUGAAUGGUCGUGCGUGCCGCUACCGCAACCGUCGCGAGACCAAGAGUGCUGACCAGUCAAGCGAAACGGAGAGUGAGACGACGGACAGCUCGGAACUGCCGAGGGUGACGACGCGGCGUGCGUGGAGCGACUACUGCACCAACAAGGGGCGGAGCUCCCAGAGCGAGGAGGAGUCUACUGGCAAAGGUCGAUCACCAAGGAAGAAGCAGUUGCGGCGUAAGCUGCCUCGUGCUGGUAAGCCCCCGCCUGCGUCCAUCGCGCCAGCCCCAGGGCCCCGCCCUCCAGCACGGAGGACCAAGAAGUGCCAACCCAAGCGGGGAAAACCCAAGAAACCCAUCAAGAUCACCGGCGCCUUAGACCUGCUGCAUAGUGAAACACUGCUGAGUACGACACCACAAGCAGAGGGCAUGAAGUUGCCACCGGCGCCGGGUUGUGUAGAUCAACAGCUGACUUCCCUGACGACCAUCACCACGGGUCAGCUGGUGCAUGAGGAGCUGGAGAUACCGCCUGCUCCGGCCGAGACACCGUACGCUCUACAGGUGCUACUGGAUCUGUAUCGCUCUCAGUUCAUGGAGAUGAUCGACAUGCUGAAGAAGCCAAGCUUUGCCGACCACAUCCAGUCUAUGAUACAGAAAGAGAAGGAGCGCAACCAGCGGCUGACUUCCCGGGCUGCCCAGCUGGACAAGCAGAUCAAGGUGCUGAUAGACGACAGUGUGGCUCUGCUGAAGACGAGGAUGGCGGAGCUGGGAAUCAAUGCCAGCUGUCCUACAGACCUGCUCAGCAAGGCUAAGGAGAUUGUGCUGAGGCACAAGGAGCUGCAGGCUAAAGUGGCCAAACUGCAGAAUCAGGUGGCGAACUUGGAUGAGCAGAAUAACAAGUUGCACAACGAGCGGCAACAGCAGUUGAACUUGACGGGGAGAAAGAUGGGCCUGCCGACGCCUCUUACACACGAACAACUGCUGAAGGAGAUAUCCAACACGAUGAGUCAGAACAAGAAACUCAAGUGCCAAGUGAACAAACUGGAGUGUGAAGUGUCUGCACUUGAGAAAAUGCCUCAGCAGCAGAACGGCAUCGUAAAGCUGAGUCCUGACAAGCAGACGAUGGGCAGCAAGUCCCAACGCAAGUCCCGGGAUCACCGGUCUCGCUCACAGGAUUGGCCUGAUGUGCCGGACGUAGGCAAGAUAGAGGAGAACAAUCCCGAGAUACUGGCACAGAAGAUACUGGAGACAGGCCGGCAGAUAGAGGCGGGCAAGAUACGCCAGGUGACGACGGAAAGUUCGCGUUGCAUGCAGUCGCAGCGACCUCCGGUGACGUCGAGGGCGAACAACCCGCCCAGACAGAACCAGCCGCAGCUGAUGUUCAACAACCGAUCGCAGGAACCGCCGAGGGUAGCCAACUUUGAGGAUCGGCUGAAGAGUAUUAUCACGACUGUGUUGAACGAGGACCAGCAGAACCGGAACAGCCAGAUACAGAGGGAGGGGGGCAGAGGGUGGAACAGCCGAGUGGCCGGUCACAGUCAUCAGCCCGACUACACUCAGGUUUCCCCGGCCAAGUUGGCGCUGCGCAGACACUUGUCACAGGAGAAGCUGGCGGCGCAAGGCCACAACGGCGCAAUACAGACUCGCACCAUCGGGGACUUGGUCAGCGGUGAGAUAGAGCGAACACUAGAGAUAUCCAAUCAGAGUAUAAUCAAUGCCGCAGUAGACAUGAGCACUGCUGUGACAGCGGCCUCUGUGGUGAACGUGAACGUUCCGCCUCGGCCGGAGAGGAUCAGCCCUCCUGGACCCGGACCUCGGAGACAAACCAGCGUGCCUGUGAGCUCCGGGUCAGUGCAGCGCUACACGCCAGUAGAACUGCCUAGAGCGGAGAUGAAACCUUAUAGCGAGUCGUUCUUCACAGACGCCAAACCUAGAGAGGAGCCUGUGGAAGGACUGGCAGCAACAUUGCACGCGAGAAUAUUGAAUGGACAAAACCAGGAGGUGAAGCAAGAGGAGAUUAGCCCGGACGAGAGAAUUUAUCAGAAUGGGAUCAGUUCGCCACCUCCAAUAGAGAUUAAACUGGAGCCGGGACAAGGGCUGAAGCGUUCUUCUCCCUCUCCCCUCAGCUCUCCAGUGAAAAAAAUACACCUGGAGCCUUCUAUUGCACCCUCGCCUGACCCUCCCCCUGACGGCCUAGACAAAUGGCAGCACACCAUCAGCUCAGGGUUUGACCGGUUGGUCGCCUUCGCCUCCACGGAGAUGGACAAACGUCGUCGCAGUACCGAGGGCGGAGGUACGCCCAGCUGCAACACCAGCCCAGACAGCGGCAUAGGCCACGGCGACCCUCCCCCAGCACCUCCUGCAUCUGUACUAUCCAAGAUGCCGCGGCUGUUCCGCCCCUCGUCCCCCGGGAGCGACAGUCCACCCGUGUUGGAGCCGGGGCCACCGCGUACACCCUCGCCUUCCUCGCCUCCGCCCCCUCUACUGCCUCUGGACGGACCGUACUCCCCCGUCCCCCCUGGCUCUCCCCCGCCACUGGCGCCGUCCGUACCCUUGCGGUACCAACGGGGCGACCACCACUUCAAGAAAAAGUUCUUCCACCACAAGAAUAAGUUCCGCCCCAAAGGCAAAGGCUGGGAUUGGCACCACACGGCUGAGGAGCCGUGGUGCUAACAAAAGUAUCGUUUAACCGCAUGGCAUAAUACACGCGUACCUGUGAACAGUUCGGGACUCGUUGUUUAUAAGCUGUAAAUUGUAAAGGCAUUACGUGUACAGAUAGUCGUGGUCAUGGAUCUCAAGGGUCUUCUCACUGCCAAGCAGCAAGUGUUCAUCCCUCCAGUGCUGCCAACUGUUUACCCUGUUUAGCCAAUAAUUUCACACCUUUGUACUAUCAAACCUCGUUUUCUAGGUUUGUAAUCGGUUAAGUGUUUUAGUAUACAUUUGACGGCCACUAAUUAUGUUAAUUAGUGUUCCAAACUUGUUAAUUGUGUUUACUGCCCAUUAUGUUAUGACUGCGGGUUUGUCAAACGCAUUUCGUGUAUUUUUCUCUUCGUAUUUUUUAGAUUUAUGACUAUUUGUUUUACUUAUUUGGCUGCGUAUUUUCAAUAUUUGUUCUAUAUCAGUUUUUCAUUAGUGUUUUGUUAUUUCUGUUUUUUAUUUAUUGUUAGUCGUUGUAAAUUUGUUAUUCUGUUGGAAGAUUGAACAGAAAGUUUGUAUCUAAUUAUUGAGACACAUUUAUAAGUUUAUCACUUUAAGUCAACAAACCUGAAGUUGCACUGUGUCCCCUGUGUUAUGCAUGGUGUUAAUUGUGUGUCUUGUCAUUGAUGGGUUGCUUAGCAACUAACAGAGGCUCGGAGUAGGCUUUAAGUCGAGUUAAAUCCACGAUAAAUACUUGUUCACAAAAUUUUGUUAAUCCCGAUUUGAUUUUAGUAAUUUUUCCUAAGGUUUUCACAGAAAUAUUUUACCAAAAGACUGAAUUUAGAAUAUUUAUUGUGCAAUCAAAGUCUUAGUGUUUUAUUCAAUAAGUUAAUCAUUUGUCAGUGUCAUAAUAUUAUGCAAUACUCCAAGUGGUUUAUUUAAAAACAUAUCAUUAAGAUAUACUUGUUAUUUAAAAUUAUUUUUGGUUCCGUUUGGUUAAUUUUAUCUCAUUUCAGUGUUAACUAACUACCAACUUAUAUUAGACCUGUGAAAACCUUUUAAACAUUUUGAUGUGAUAAAAGUUGAAUAUUGAAGGAUUAUUUAAUUAUUUUAUAGUUUCUAACAAAAACUAAAUUGCACUAACUUUAUAUCAUGACCAAAUAACUGAUUGAGAUCUGAAAUUCAUUCAUAUUCUAAUAAAUUAAUAAAAAAUGUGUUUACAGACUAUAUUCUGUGUCAAUAUAUAUGUUAUUGUUAUAUCCAAGCUCUGAAUUUGAUAUUUAUUGAAAUAAAUUAUCUACACACUCUAUCUUUAUAAUGUUUUAUCUACAACUCUGUGGAACAUGUACCAUUAGUUCUAAAAUUUAAGAUAAUUUAAUAUUUUAAUGUAUUUUUAAAUUUAAAAUAAAUUAUGUUAUGACGUAUUAAAUUAUUUCAUUGAUAAAUAACGGGUGUUAUUUUUAUCUUAGCUAAUUAUUGGAACUAUUUAAGGGUCUACGCAUUCAAUACCUGUAAAUUCGACCACCAUAACCCAAUUAAGGGGGAUCAUGUGAAAAUUAGGUUAUAACUUUCAUCCAUAUGUAGAAAAAACUUGGAUUUUUAUUAAAAAAGAUUUGAUUUUUUAUUUACAAAGAAGAAAUUAGUUUUAUUUGUUUUAACUUAUCAAUAUUUUAUUCUAGCAGUUUUAAAUGUCUAGGACUUUAGUUUUACUCCCAGUUCUUGUUCCUGCUUUAUUUUAUAAGAACGGUAGUCUCGGUAAUCUGAUUAUUAUAGGACCUUUGUGUCGGAUAACAGCGGAGUUAUCACGAUAAAAAAAUUUCAAAAUUACUUUUAGCCUAGUAAAAUAAAACUAAUUGGAUAGUAAAUAUCUCUUUCAAAAAAAUUAAAUAACUUGUUUAACAGAAUCAUAUCUAUUUGUGAUUGGUGAGGCUUAAACCCAGAUGUCUUGCGCUCUAGCUACUUGGCCGGUCGUACACUGUAAAUCCCUUAAGACACUGGGCAUUAUCUUUUAAAUGAUUGAACUACAACAUGCAAUAUCUCCUCACUUACCAUAAUAUUUAUACUACCAACAUUUGUCAGUUGUAACGUAUCAGAUUUCCGAGAUUCUACUGUAAUCGUACUUGGUGUCAAAAGAUACGAUUGGUUCAAGGUAAUCGGCAGUUUGUCACUGCCAGUAUUCAACAACUCACUGCCAAGUUAUUUUUUAUUUUAAGGAGCAUCUUAAUUUUUGUACAUAAUUUUUGUAACUUUAUGUUGAAUAUCGAUUUAACUUGUAAUCUAUCAUUGUUAAAACAGUUUGUUGUGUAAAAAGGGAAAACAAAUUCUGAUAUCGCUAAAGUCCCAUACUUUACAAGUACAAAAUGAGUCGUGUGAAGUUUGUACUUUCAGUGUUUUGUAGAUUGAAUGUGAAUAAGUAAGGAUCAUUAAAUAAUAAGUUACAAUACUU